AUGUCAAAUACAUUAGAUAUAGAGAAACAUGUUAAAUAUUUUAAGAGAUGUUUAAAUGCAUUGCCUUCGCCCUACGCAAAAGGUCUAGCCAAUCAUCUAUCUCUUACCUACUUUGUAAUUUCAGGUCUUGAUUUGUUAGGAAAGAUAGAUGAAAUUCCAAUCGCAAAGAAAGAUAUAAUCGAUUGGGUUUACUCAAGACAAAUCAUACCAUCAGAAUCAAACCCAGAUGAUUUCAUAAAGAAUUGUGGAUUUAGAGGAGCAAACUUUUUGGGUCAACCAUAUUGUGGUGGUGUAGGUUGUCGUUGUCUGUUUGAUUUCGAUAUGCCGAGUAUUGCCAACACCUAUUGUGCUCUGGCCAUUCUUAGAAUAGUUGGCGAUGACUUUGGCAGAGUGAAUCGCGAUGCUAUCACUCGUAGUUUGAAGUUGUGUCAGCAACCCGAUGGUUCUUACGUUGGCACUCCAUUUGCUGGUGAGAGUGAUAUGCGUCAUCUCUAUGCUGCCUGUGUCUGCUCUUUCAUGAUGGACGACUGGCGUGGUAUUGACCGUGACGCCGCCACCAAAUAUAUAUUGGCAUCGCAAAACUACGAGUAUGGAUUCGCUCAGGUUCCAGGACAGGAGGCACACGGUGGUUCCACCUACUGCGCGGUGGCGUCUUUGUCGCUCAUGGGCAGACUCGACCUGCUCACUGGCGAGCGUCGUGAUAAACUCGUACAUUGGCUUGCCAACAAGCAGAUCACCGGUUACUCGGGACGUAUCAAUAAGGAUCCAGACACUUGCUAUUCGUUCUGGGUCGGUGCAACUCUUGCCAUUCUCAACGAAACAAAGGUUGUCGAUCAGAUGUUGCUACGUGGAUUCAUCUACUCUGCUCAGGAUCCAAACAUCGGUGGAAUCGCCAAAAUACCUCAGAACAUGCCGGAUUUACUUCACUCCUAUAUGUCACUCUCUGGAUUGACACUACUCAACGAACCAAACCUCAGACCACUCAAUCCAUCACUCGGUAUCUCACAAAGAGCUGCCGGUGAAAAUUGGAAUAAAAUUUUAAUUAAUUAA